CGUUUCUUCGCUCGCUACGGAUUUUCGCACGAAUCGGAGUGGGGGGUCUUCGCCAGCGAAACUUCGCUGCAUGAAAUUGUACCUAUGCAGACCUGUCGAUGAGUAUGUAGUAUAUACAAAUUACGAACUGCUGCACCUGUAUAUGAGACUCAGACACGUGUCCAUAUGAUAAAUUGUAUGAAAUGUGCGUGUCAUUACACAUACGCCAAAACGAUUUUGUCAGUUAAAUCUCUUGGAGACUGCAGAAGAGAUUCGUGAUGCAUUGAAUAAAAUAUAUUUGUUAUAAUGAUUAUAUUAUUGUUUCGGCCAUAUACGUGUUAUCAUCGCGGUACAACAACACAAGCAAACAGUCUUAUUACGUAGUUUUUUUACAAAACGAUCUUGUCCGCGGAGCGAAACAUUGUACUCUACUUUUUUGCACAGUUUUGCAUUAAGAAUAAAGAGGAUGCAAAUGUACAGAUUCGCGGAUUUAAGAAUGUGAUCUUUGUUGUAUUUUGGGAGAGAUUUGUGGCAAUCAUGUUAACGACAACAAUCUGCAAUAAUUACGAACCAUCUUGCUCCAAAGCUAUGUAAACUAAUGUGUUGUAAUGUAACUGCAUGUACUGUAUGGGGUAAAACUUAUGCCGGGAGGAAUUCAUCCGUGUUUGUAUAUCAUAUGGUCAAUGCUACAUGAAGAUUUUUUACGAUGCAAAAGUGGAUGUUAUGGCUUGUUAUUUUGACGAUGCUUGCAUUCGUCACAGGACAGCAAGUGGUAGAUAAUUUUAACACCGAACUGGUAGCAGAACAAGAUGAUGCUCUCCUUUUAUUUUCUACGCUUGGUGGAUUGCUUGUGGGUGUUGAUCAGAGGUCUGGAAAAAUACGAUGGCAACAAGAUGAUGAACCCGUGGUCAAAGUGCCUAUCAAUUUGUCGGCAAGUAAAAUGCCUAUAUUUCUACCGGAUCCCAGAGAUGGUUCACUUUAUCUCUUUGGUAGAGAAACAGAAGCAUUGAAAAAGCUGCCAUUUACCAUUCCUCAACUAGUUGCCAGUAGUCCAUGCAGAAGCAGCGAUGGUAUAUUAUAUACUGGCAGAAAAAUUGACACAUGGUUUAGUAUUGAUCCAAUGACUGGUGAAAAAGAGCAGCUUUUAAGUUUUCAUAAAGUGAAAGAUACAUGUCCUUUGGAAAUGCAGAAUACUAUUUUUGUCGGUCGUACGGAAUAUAAUAUUAUCAUGGUUGAUAGCAAGCAUAAAGACAGAAAAUGGAACAUAACAUUCUAUGAUUAUUCCGCUAUGCAAAUGGAACCUGAUGUGAUAGAGAAUUACGAUUUAGUGCAUUUUACCACAAGUUCUACAGGUCGUGUAGUGACCUUGGACAGUUUAGGUAAGAUUCUUUGGAAAUUGGACUUGAAAAGUCCAGUGAUAGCCAUGUAUACUGUAACCAAAGAUGGAUUUUUGACAAUUCCUUUCACAAGUAUUACUGAUUCGUUGUUGGAAAAAUUCGCGACAAAGCCAACUGACAUUCAAUUGUUUCCAACUUUGUACGUUGGACAGCAUCGAUAUGGUCUCUAUGCGUUACCAUCGCUUGUUGAUUUGGACACGACAACUAUAUCUAAUAACGUAGGACACUUAUUGCUGGAGGGGCCAUUGGUGACAUCGCAUCUUCAUGCGGAUAAUAAAGUACCAUUGCCAGGGGAUCAUGUUUUAAUUUCUAAUAUUGACAUAGCUGAUGAUGAUUAUCAAAGCGUUAAACAUACUGAAAAUGUCAUUACAUUAGGUCAUUACAAAAUACCCGCGGAAUACAAACCACAAAAUCAGCUCCUCCAAAUAACUGGGCGAUCUGAUCCAAUAAUCUUGGAGACUUCUACAUUAAAUGUCACUGGGACUAAGUUAUCUGUCGCCGUACAAUCGGAUACGUCCAACGAUACUGUACAGUCGGAAAAUAGUCAGAAUUGGCAGAGAAUUGUAUCAAAAAUGUACAGCGCGACCAAAUUUUGGCUCAAUCAACAGGAAAACAUAGAAAUGAAACUAAUCAUAAGUGUAAUUAUGUUGACAAUUAGCAUAAUAACUUGUAUUGUAAUUUGGUUUAUAUAUAAACAAUGUAAAGAGCAGUUUCAGCAAUUGUCGCAGUGUUCACGCGAAAGCAGUCGUACGUAUUCUGGUAAACCUGGCAAUUUGGUUGUUAUGCCGGAAGAGAUUGGCGAUGGUUUAGUUAAAGUGGGAAAAAUUACAUUCAACACGAAACAAGUUCUUGGCAAAGGAUGCGAAGGAACAUUUGUAUACAAAGGUCAAUUUGAUGGCCGUCCUGUAGCUGUAAAGCGCCUGUUACCAGAUUGCUUUACGUUUGCGGAUCGAGAAGUAGCGCUCUUAAGAGAAUCGGACACUCACGCAAAUGUAGUUAGAUACUUUUGUACUGAACAAGAUCGUAUGUUCAGAUACAUCGCCUUGGAGCUAGCAGAAGCAACUUUGCAGGAUUACGUGGCGGGCAAAUAUGACAGACAAAAGAUAUCUGUGAAAAAUAUUUUGCAUCAAGCUACAUCUGGGUUAGCACAUCUUCAUUUCUUGGAUAUUGUUCAUAGAGACAUUAAACCUCACAAUGUCUUGCUCUCUGUCCCUGGACCUCGUGGAGAAGUACGCGCUAUGAUAUCAGAUUUUGGAUUAUGUAAAAAACUCCAGCUCGGUCGCGUAUCAUUUUCACGGAGAUCCGGUAUCACUGGAACUGAUGGCUGGAUUGCGCCAGAGAUGCUAAAUGGAGAAAGGACGACAUGUGCGGUCGACAUUUUCUCGCUUGGUUGCGUUUUUUAUUAUGUUCUCUCCGGUGGCAAGCAUCCUUUCGGUGAUCCAUUACGAAGACAAGCUAAUAUCCUCUGUAAGUGGCGAGAGCAAUUUAACAGCGCUCCAGGAAGUGUCUUCAAGUGACAGAGAAUUAGCUUUGUUACUUAUCAAGGCAAUGUUAUGCAGUAAUCCUGCCGGUAGACCGCCAGCUUUAGCAAUUU